CAAGCAAAAGUACCUGGCCUCUGCAGAAAGAGCUUCGCUCGCCAAAACCCUCAAAAUGACAGACGCUCAAGUCAAGACCUGGUUCCAAAACCGACGCACGAAAUGGCGUAAUAAUAUCCGCCUCUUAUUUUAUUUUCUUUCCCCCUCCGAAUGCGAGAAGCGGGGCGGGAACAAAAUUCGUAAUAAUUCCCGGGUUGCGCCGAAACGUUCCGGCCAAUAUCACGCGAGCCGCCGUAGGCCCAACGGGGAUAUUUUUCUUGGUCAUCCCGACCCUAAGGACGAUUCUCAUGCCAUUGAUGGGAUUCAUUCUGAUGUCACUUGUGCCGUGACGAGUUGGGCUUUGAGAAAUGCCAGACGGAGGAUACUUCUCAUGGCAUUGGAUGGGAUUCGUUCUGAAGUCACUUGUGUCAUGAUGACGAGUUGGGACUCGAGAAAUGCCAGACGGGUGCAUGUGUGUGUGUGUGUGGUGGGGUGGGAAAGGAAGGAAAAAGAAAUCUUCCCCCGCGAUCAGGCGCCGGCAGACGUUAGCGGCGACACCGAGAAAUGCGAGCAUCCCUUGAACCGAGUCUACGAUGAAGAAUACCAUGAAUAUUUAUAUCCUCAUACGAUGAAGCACUUCAACACGGAAAUCCAAGCUUAAUUUUAUUUCAUUUGUAUUCUUCAUCAAACGUGAAACAAC